UCCAGGAUUACAAGGCUUCAGGAUCAGCGCCACCAUCACCAGAUAAUAAACAGGGAUAUUAUAGCUCAAGGCUGGCAUCACAAUGCCAAAAUUUGGGAUUUUGUCUUGUGCAAGUUGGACUGUAUAUUGGGACUCUUAGCUGGACGGACAGGCUGAAAGGGCACAAAAAGGCAUUUUAGGCAUCAUAAACCUUUCCAACUGAAAGGCGAUGGCUUUGGAGAACAAUACCCAUCGCAGUUAUUCGAUUAUACCAUGCUUCAUCUUCGUGGAGCUCGUCAUUAUGGCUGGCACUGUUCUACUUGCGUACUACUUUGAGUGCACAGAUACUUUCCAAGUGCACAUUCAAGGCUUCUUCUGUCAGGAUGGAAAUCUAAUGAAACCAUACCCAGGGACCGAGGAUGAAAGUUUCAUUUCCCCUCUGGUGCUGUACUGUGUGCUGGCAGCGACACCAACAGCUAUUAUAUUUAUUGGUGAGAUCGCAACUUACUUUAUAAGGUCAACUAGAGAAAACUUGAUUAUUCAAGAAAAGAUGAUUCUGACUGGAGAAUGCUGUUACUUGAAUCCCCUUAUCCGACGAAUCAUACGAUUUAUAGGUGUGUUUGCAUUUGGUCUGUUUGCAACAGACAUUUUUGUAAAUGCAGGCCAAGUAGUGACAGGCAACCUCACUCCCUAUUUCUUAACUGUGUGUAAACCAAAUUACACUGGAACAGACUGUCUGGCCCAUCACCAGUUUAUCAGCAAUGGAAAUAUCUGCACUGGUGAUCCUGAAGUGACUGAGAAGGCCAGGAGGUCAUUCCCAUCCAAGCAUGCUGCUUUAAGUAUUUACUCUGCAUUAUAUGCAACAAUGUACAUCACGAGCACAAUUAAAACGAAAAGCAGCAGACUAGCUAAACCUGUUCUCUGCCUUGGGACUCUUUGUUCUGCCUUUCUAACUGGAUUGAACCGUGUAUCUGAAUACAGAAACCACUGUGUAGACGUCAUUGGUGGCUUUAUUCUGGGAACUGCUGUGGCUUUGUUUUUGGGACUGUGCGUUGUACACAAUUUUAAAGGAACACAUGAUACGCCAUCUAAGCCGAAGCCUGAAGAUGCACGAGGAAUGCCCCUAAUGGCUUUCCCCAGAGUUGAGAGUCCUCUGGAGACUUUAAGUGCACAGAAUCACUCUUCAUCAAUGACUGAAGUCACCUGAAUCACAUAAUGGACAGAAAAGGAACUGUUUUUUAUACUACAUUCGAUGGAGACCAUCAAGAAACACAGUUGCUCAUUGUUAAACUGUGACUAUCAGUAUUAUGUUAUAUCUACAGUAGUUAGAAGCUGAUGUUUUUGUACAAUUUUGUUCAAGGAAGUGAUGUAGCUUGCCCUGAUAUUAUUUUAUUUUGUAGUGUCAGCAUUUGCCAUCACAUGUUCAUGCCAUAUGCACAUUUUUUCUCCUGUUAUGGUAUAUGGUGCACUAAAACAAGACCAUCCUUUAAAAUUGUCAUUGUUAUGGAUGUUUGUAUACAACUUUUUGUAUUAUUUUAUAAGCAUUAAACUGCUGUGUAAAUGAA